UUGAGUUGCCGACCCGAAGACUUGAGGGCACUGGACGUGGUACCCAGUCGCUCAGCGUAAAAACUCUGUGAUUGUUGUUGAAGUGUCAACAUUCUGAAACGGCUGCUCGUCUUUCCUCCUGCGACUGCGACGAAAGAGCGCCUAGUUCCCAUCAUGCACAACAAUCCCCUUCCCAUCCUCUCUGUCAGACCCAUUCGGGCUCUGGUGGACGAGGUGUUUAAAGUGAUAGUCACGAAUCUUCGUCCGGGAUCUCCAGUGACGCUACACUCGCUCCAUCGUUCAGAAGAUCAAGACCACUGGGAGGCUUUUGGACACUACGUCAGCAGCCAGCGGGGGACAGUGUCUGUUGCGGAUGAUUUGAGCUUCGGAGGAACUUACAGUGGAAAAGAGCCCAUGGGUUUGUUGUGGAGUCAGCGGCCCGUUCCUGGAGGUCGCAGAGACCUCAGGUUACGGAAGGUGAAUGUCACCACCCCCAUGCCGUUCCACAUCUCCGUCUACAGUGGACACCUGACUGGAGGCUUUCAGGACCAGGUUCCUCUGGCUUCAGUGCUGACAGAGAGAUGGUACAUGGCUCCUGGAGUCAAGAGGGUCAGCGUGAAAGAGGGAAAUAUUUUGGGGACCCUGUUUAUACCUCCAGGUCCAGGACCCUUCCCUGGGCUGCUGGACAUGUGGGGUGGAGGAGGAGGUCUGGUUGAGUAUCGGGCUGCGUUACUGGCUUCACAUGGCUACGUCACUUUCGCUCUGUCUUACUUGUCUGCUGAGCAGGGUCUGUUAAGUGAAAAAGAUUUUGAGUCAGUGUUUAACAUGAUCAAAAACCAUCCUCAAGUCAUCCCUGACAAAGUUGGAAUAUUUGGUCUCUGCUUUGGUGCUAUCAUAACGCUUUACCUCGCAGUGGAGAGUAAAGCCGUCAAGCCCACUUGUUGUGUUUGUGUCAGCGCUACACACUGUAAAGACCAUGAGAACGGCUCAGGUCUAAAUCUCUCUCUUGCAAAGUUGGGGAGCAACAGCAAGGUCCGUGUGGAUGAGAACAACCAUUCUAUAUGGCGAGAUAUCACUCUUCCGAUUCCCUCUGACUGCUCCAGAAAACUAGACGUGACCAAAAUCAACUGUCCGUUACUGCUGGUCUGUGGCAAUGAUGAUCAGAAUGUUGCUACCAUGGAAGCUGCCGAGGACAUGGCCCAGAUGAUACACGCCGCUGGAAAAGAUCACCUGCUGACCAAGCUGGUCUAUCCUGGUGCCGGACACCUGAUCGAGCCACCCUUCACGCCACAUUGUAGAUUCUCAAGGUUCAUAAACCCAGAAAAUGGACACGACUCAACAAUGCUGUGGGGAGGACACACCAAACCUCAUUCUGACGCUCAGGAAGACUCCUGGAAGAAGAUCCUAGCCUUCCUGCAGAUGCACCUCUACAGCAGCUCCUGUCCAAGAGCCAGGAUGUGAGUCUGGAGCAGCAGGAGGUCAAUCAGAGCAUAGCAGAGGUGGAAUCACAGAGCAGUUUUCAUCUCUGUCGGAAGUCAGUACAACUUGUUCCUGCAGCUCUUUUGUCUAAUGAACAAUUCAUUCAGUGAGUUGAUUUACUAUUUCACUGUAUUAAAAUGCCUUGCAACAACAGUAUGUUGGAUCUGAAUGCCACAACAGUGGCCUAUUGUCUGCAAUCAUCAUGUGGGAAAUUAAUACCGUAGCUGCUCUUUGCUGUUUUAAUAAUGUUAUUAUUACGAAUAUAAAAUUAAUGAUUGCAUUUUUUUUCUUAAAUAAAUGACCUGUUUAAAAGUA